AACCAUGGCCAAACAAAUUGUCUUUAAAAGUGACAAAAACAAAAUUUACAGGAUUCCUGCUCUUAUCUGUCUCAAGAAGGAGCAAAGUAGAGCUCUUCUCACCUUUGCAGAGGAGAGGAGGACUUCAGAUGAUGUAAGUGCAGAAAAGCUGGUUAUGAAAAAAGGAGAGGUGAACUCAUCUGGGAAGACUGUUAAGUGGUCAGACCUUGAAGUGGUGGAAAAGGCCCAUAUUGAUGGAUACCGUCCUAUGAACCCCUGCCCGGUGUAUGACAAGAACAAGGAUGAGCACAAGAGCAAACUUUUCCUGUUUUUCAUCCGUGUUAAAACUGAGCAGUGGCAGAUAAAAAACUACCAGAACAAGACCCGUCUCUGCUACAUCACAAGCACGGAUUGUGGAAACACCUGGAGUGAUGUGACCGAUUUGACUGGAAAACUGUGUGUCAUACAAAAAUGGGCCACAUUUGCUGUUGAGCCAGGCCAUGGUAUUCAGACAAAGGGCAACAGAUUGAUUAUCCUAGUUUAUGCUUAUUCUUCUUCUUGCUGCAGAAAUUGUGUCUUCUGCUCUUGCAAUCCUGAUUAAUAUGCACUCUCCCUCUAUAGUGUUAAUCAUGGUGAUAGUUGGAAAUUUGGAAAAAUGUUUGAAACAAAAUCAGGAGAAUGUCAAAUGGCUAAGAUUUCUAAAAAUCAAAUCUACUGCAGUGCUCGUAGGACGAACAGCUUUCGAGUGGAAACUUUCAGCCAUGAUAAUGGCGUUAAAUUUAGCGAAUUUAACGCCAUUUAACGCUGUCAGGGCAGCGUGAUCUCCUUUCCAGCUAAAACUCCAAGUGGUGAAAGCUCAAACAAGUGGCUGCUGUUCACACACCCAAGUAAUACUAAAACACUGACUUGCGGGUUCUUUGAGUAG